GGUAGGUUAGAAAAAUGGGGAAUAGUAAAGAAGAGUUAGGUUUUGUGUCGAAAGUAAGGGAGUUUGAGAAAUGGAUGGGUUUCCAGACCAAGAUAAAAUGGACGGUAGCCUUCAUAGCUUUAGCAUACCAUAUUUUAGCAGUCUACUGGUGUUACCAUUACACAUUGCCUGUGAAAUGGCAGACUGUACUAUUUGCGUACAUGAUGUUUGUGUUCAGUGGUUUCGGCAUAACUGGGGGAGCGCACAGAUACUGGGCACACAGAACAUUCAAGGCUUCCACACCAUUGCGCAUCAUCAUGAUACUCGGCUUCGCAAGCGCUGGACAGAACACCUUACGCCAAUGGGUCCGUAACCACAGGGUCCACCAUAAAUACAGUGACACGGACUCGGACCCUCACAAUCGUGAACGUGGACUGUUCUUCUCCCACAUCGGCUGGCUCCUCAUGCACAAGAACUCGGCAGUCGUCAGCAAAUUCAACGAGAUUGAUAUGUCUGAUAUUGACAAUGAUCCCAUUGUUAAAUGGCAUACCAAGUAUGUGGAUAUAGUGAAUCCCUUGGCAUGUGCAGUGAUACCGACAUUGGUGGGGAUUUUGUUAUGGGGGGAAGAUUGGCGCGUGGCCAUAGCUUGGCAAUGCUUCAUCCGAAUGAUGGCCGUCUACCACAGCGAACUGACCGUCAACAGUCUUGGACAUACACUGGGAUACAAGCCUUAUAACCAAUCAAUAAGGCCAGCGGAAAACGUAUUUAUAGCUGCAAUAACCGGCGGAGAGGGCUGGCAUAACUUCCACCACGCAUUCCCCUUCGACUACAAGACCUCAGAAUUGCCCCACGGCAUAGACACUACCACUAGGUUGAUCCAUCUGUUUGAAACAUUUGGCUGGGUGCAAGACAAGAGAGAAGUGUCGCCAGAAACUAUUAAGAAAUACUCCUUGCAACACUGUGAAGGUAUUGAACAAAUCAAGAUGGCUGAAAAGGAAUUCUAAACUUAAAAUGGAUUGGUUUUUAAAUUCAUCGACAAUUUCGUAUUGUUU